UCUUUUCAUAACAUAAACAUGAUGGCUACCUCCCUUAAACAAGUCUUUCGGAAAAGAAUUAUAAAUUUAGCUUUCUCUAGUGCUGCGGCAUUACACACAAGAUCACAAAGAUGGUCCAGCAUUGCCUUAACUUCAGUGAACAAUGGCAGCAGUUAUCAUGGUUUCUUGCAACCAGCACGCUGCCCCCUACAACUUUCCUCAAGGUCAAUGUUCAUCAAAGUCCAGGAUACACCAAACCCAAACUCCCUCAAGUUCAUCCCAGGAGUUCAGGUCCUGGAAUCUGGCACAGCUGACUUCCCCAAUGUGAGUGCAGCACAGAAGUCUCCAUUGGCCAAGCUGCUCUUCAGGAUUGAAGGUGUUCAGGCAGUGUUCCUCUCAACCGAUUUCAUCACCAUCACAAAGUAUGAUGAAGAGGCUGAAUGGAGGACAAUCAAGCCAGAAGCAUUUGCUGUCAUUAUGGACUUCUUUGCCUCCGGACUCCCUGUCAUUCAUGAAGGAGAACGGAGUGAGAGCGAACAUGCUGGAGGUGAAGAAGAAGAUGACGAGACCAUAGCCAUGAUCAAGGAGCUCUUGGACACACGUAUUCGGCCUACCGUGCAGGAGGAUGGGGGAGACAUCCUUUACCGGGGAUUCAGUGAUGGCAUCGUUUACCUUAAGAUGAUGGGCUCUUGUACAUCAUGCCCAUCUUCUGUAGUCACUCUGAAAAAUGGAGUUCAAAAUAUGUUGCAGUUUUAUAUACCUGAGGUGAUCGAAGUCACAGAGGUCAAAGACGAAGAGGACCAUCUGGUGGAGAGCGAGUUCAAGAAACUUGAAGAUCAGCUCAGCUCAGAGUCUGCCAAAAAAGAUUGAUUUUUUUCUUAUUCUUUGUUUUUUUUGUUUUUUUGCUAUAUUGUAGCUUGAAUUGUGAUCAGAAAUUGUAGUUGAUAUACUGUGUUAUAUGCAUUGUACAUUACCGUAUCAUUUUUUAUACUUUAACCACUAUCACAAUAUACCCUUUUCAGUCUUAUUUGAGCUGUUUUUUAUUCUUUGUUGAACAUCAGGAAUUACAUAGGUAGGAGAUAUGUGAACCUUUUAUUGAUGUGUAUACAUGUAUGUGUAUAUAUAUAUAU